AUGUCUAGUCGAUUAUUAAAAAAGUUCUUAAAAGAACAAAAUAGAGAUGAAAUAAAUAAAAUAAAUCAAUCUGUGGAAGCAGAAUCAUUACCUCUAAAUCCUGCUCCUAAAAAAAAAAAACAAAUUUUCAAAUAUUUAGAAGAAUCACAAAGUGAUGAAAAUACAAGUGGAAAUAUAACUCAUGUGGAUGAAGAUGACAAAACAACAAUUUCUAGCAAAAAUGCACAAAAUCAAAAUAAACAAAAAAAAGGGGGAUUAAGCAAAAAAGAGACCGAACAACAUACAAAACAAGAAACAGAAGAAAACAAAAAGAAAAAAAAGAAAAAAAAAAAGAAAAAAAAUAAAGACGACGAAAUUGAAGACUUAUUAAAUAAAAUUGGUGAAGAACAAGAACGAAAUAUAAAAAAAAAACAAAAUGAAAGCAAUAAUAAUAGCAAUAUCAAUAGUGGCGAAUUCUCGAAGGAAUAUCAUGAGCAAAGGGAAAAGGUCCAGCUUUGGGCAUGUACACAUGAAAAAUAUAAAUAUUGCUUAAAAUUAGAAAAAAAUAAUUUUGAUGUAAAUGUAGAAUUAAAAAGAAUAUUUGGUAAAGAUUUUGUUAAAGAAAACAAAUUUGUUAAAAAAAGUAAAAUAAAAUAUUUGAAAAAUUGGCUAGUUCAAGAUUAUAGUAUAAAAACAAUACAAGCACCAUUAACUAUGAAAUAUUUUGACAACGAAUUUAAAAUUGAAAAAGAAAAAUUAUAUUUAGAAGCAGAAAAUUUAUUCUAUUUAUUAUUAGAUACACAUGAUAUACAAUCAAUGAAUGAUUUGAUAAAAAAAUAUCCAUUUCAUAUAGAUACACUAUUAAUAUUAGGUGAAUAUUAUAAUGAAGCAAAUAAUUAUGAAGUAGCUAAUCAGUAUAUUAAAAUGGCUUUAUUAUUAUUACAAAACAUUUUUCAUAUGAAUUUUAAUAUAGAUUAUAUAAAUAAUAAUCAUAAAAUAUAUGUUAAUCCACAACUAUAUGAUAAUAAAGUUUUAUUUAAAACCUUAUAUAUGCAUAUGCAAUCUCUUGAAUAUGAAGGUUGUACUAUAACGUCGUUAGAAAUUGCAAAACUUUUGUGUAAAAUUGAUUUAUGCAAUGAUUUAUGUGGUAUACUUUUAAGAAUUGAUGGAAUUAUGCUAAAAGGAAAUGUUUUUGAAUUUUUGGUUUUUUUUUCAUUUAAUUUUAUCCUUCAAAAUAUUCAUUAUGUUAUGCCACUAUCUAGAACUAACGAAAUUAUAUCAGAUUUUUUUUUUAACGAAAAUAAUUUCAAAAAUGAAGUUAUUGCUAAAAAAGAUGAUGAAAAAAUAAUAAAUACAUCAACAAUUGAGAAAACGAGCAAUAAUGUUAAAAAUGACAAAAAUUGUACUACGGAAAAAUUAAAUCCAAAUGAAGAAUUCUCCCAUAAUAUUCCUACUACCCAUCAAAAUACUAAUGAACUAUCAAAAAUACGAGAAAAUAUUUUAAAAAUGGAAUGCGAAGAAAGCAUUUCCUCAUUAAAACGACAGGAUGAAGAUAUUCUCAAUGAUGAAAAAAUAGUUUAUGAACAGUUCAGUCAAAAUAAUGAUUUUACUAAAAAAAUACCUGAACAAGAUAGAAAUAAUGACAAAUUGGAUUAUUUACAAAACACACACACAAAAAAAAAAUACGAUUUUCAAAAUUAUGAAAUUAGACUUCACUUUAUUUUACCAAAUUUCGCCUUUUCUAUACCAUUAUGUUUAUAUCUAAAAAAUAACACUAAUGUGAAUUACAAUGAAAUUAAUGAAAUUAAAAAAAGUGAUAUAUUAUCUUCUUUUUCUUAUGAAGAAUGUAAAUUUUUAAUUCCACAUUUUAAUAUAAAUUUUAAUUGUUACUGGGGUAAUAAUCAUGUUAGCAACUUAUGUGACAAAAAAAAUAUAUCAUAUUCUUUAUCAUAUUCUUCUCAUCUGUUCUUAAUUAGGGCAUUAUUAUUUUACCCCGAUUUUGUUCAAAUAUUUGUAAAAUAUAAUAAUUUUAAUACAUCAAAAAUUGUUAAAAAUACUAUAUAUGAUAUAUCCUUUAAGCAUAUAUUGUCACAUCCGCCAUUUUCAGACAAUACUUUAUUUAGUAAUAAAGAAGAGUAUGAAAUCGUACAAAAAAUAAUAUUAGCUUAUCUGGAAAAAAAUAAUAUAUAUUAUAAAUCUGAAAAAAUGAUUACCUGGAUACAUGUGUGCAGUGCAUUUGUACACGAAAUGUAUAAGGAUGAAUUGGUGGCCGAGGAACUCGAUGAAGCACGAAAACAAUGGCGCAGACGAAUUCCACUUUUAGAUAUAAAUAAAUAUAAAGGAAUACGAGUGAGCGAAUUUAAAUCCAGAAAUUAUUUAUUACCCGAUUUCAUGAUGGAGAAAACUGUAUCACAUCCAGCUCCUGUCCCCAACACAACAUCACAAUAUUAUGUUUCACUAGAUAGCAAUGUGCUUGUAGCUUUUUUUCAAUGUUUACUUCCUUGGUAUCAAGUAGAUUAUUAUGGCACGCAUUCAAGGCCUGUGUAUUUGGGAACAAUAUUGGAAACAGUGAUAGAAGGAACUAAGCGUUUUUUAAAUAUUUAA